AUCAGAACGCUCUCUCCUCCGUCUCCUCCACCCUCCUCCUCUUCCUCCACCACCACCCCUCCCCGCUCUCUACUCAGUCUCGCUAUUACCGUCGAUCGACACUUGCAGCCAUUUUACGCAGGACUAACCCAAUCAUGUCGUGAGGGAGACUCUCAGGUCACCUGGGCAGAGCCAGCAGCCAGCGCGCGUCCUGGUGCUCGCACACAGGAAGGCGGACAAGCGGACAGACAGGUCCGGCCAAAAUGGUGAAGAGGAAAAGCCUGGACGAGAACGAACCGGAGUGCGGGAAGGGAAUACCGUUUCCUAUCCAGACCUUCUUAUGGAGACAAACCAGUGCUUUUCUGCGUCCAAAGUUGGGGAAACAGUAUGAGGCAUCUUGUGUGUCUUUUGAGCGGGUUCUGGUGGAGAACAAGCUGCACGGCCUGUCGCCAGCCCUCUCAGAGGCCAUCCAGAGUAUCUCCCGCUGGGAACUCGUCCAGGCAGCCCUGCCUCAUGUACUUCACUGCACCUCCAUCCUGCUCUCUAACAGGAACAAGCUGGGCCACCAGGAUAAGCUAGGUGUGGCAGAAACCAAGCUGCUCCACACGCUUCACUGGAUGCUGCUUGAUGCUGCCCAGGAGUGCAACUAUGAGCCCAGCCUAGGCCACGGGUGGUCCGGGGGCAGCAGCAGCAGCGCCUUCCUCCAGCCUGUGGGAAACCAGGGCUCCUCCCCGGGAGCUCCUGGCUCUGGUUCUGGCUCGGCUCUGGGUGGAUCAGGGCCCCAGCAUAGUAGCUCCCUGCUGGAGGAGGAAGAGCAUGCUCGUACCAAGUUGUUUCACAAAAGUAUGUCCACAGUGGAGCUGUUUGUGUUCCUGUUUGCUCCACUCAUUCACCGCAUUAAGGAGUCAGAUCUGACCUUCCGAUUGGCCAGUGGUCUGGUGAUAUGGCAGCCAAUGUGGGAGCACCGUCAGCCUGACAUCUCUGCCUUUACUUCCCUCAUCAAACCUGUCAGAAAUAUUGUAACAGCAAAGAGGAACUCCCCAGUCAACAACCAGUGCAGCCCCUGUGGAUCUGGCAACCCAGGUCCCACGGGCUUCCAGGUGGUUUGCGAAGCUGCCCAAUCAGAUUCCUCCUCCCCCGCAGCUGGUGAGCAGAGCUGUCGUCGUGGUAACUCAGUGGAUAAAGGUGGCCCUUCCCAACAACCCCUGCCGGCCAAAGGCCCUUCCAAGAAAAAGACAUCGGCCCCCGCUGGCCUGCCUGUGUCUCUGGCCCAGCGAGCGCGUUAUGCCACUUACUUUGACGUGGCAGUACUACGCUGCCUCCUGCAGCCAAACUGGACAGAGGAGGGUGUGCACUGGGCCCUGAUGUAUUACCUGCAGCGCCUGAGGCAGAUCCUGGAAGAAAGGCCUGAGCGCACCCCUGAGCCCCCAGUCACGCCUCUGCCACGCCCGCGCAGCAGCUCCAUGGUGGCUGCAACACCCUCACUGGUCAACACUCAUAAGACUCAGGAUAUGAGCUUGAAGUGCAAUGAGGAGGAAAAGUCUCUGAGCACAGAGACAUUCGCAAAAGUGUCUCUGACAAGCCUACGUCGACAAGCAGUCCCUGACUUGUCCUCUGACCUGGGCAUGAAUAUCUUUAAGAAGUUUAAGAAUCGCCGAGAGGACCGGGAGAGAAAGGGCUCCAUUCCUUUCCAUCACACAGGAAAGAAGCGUCAGCGACGCAUGGGAGUACCUUUCCUGCUGCACGAGGACCACCUGGAUGUCUCACCCACCCGUAGCACCUUCUCCUUUGGUAGCUUCUCAGGCCUGGGUGAUGACCGACGGGUUGUAGAUCGUGGGGGCUGGCAGGCCACCAUUAUGGGCAAAUUCACACGCAGAGGCAGCACAGACACAGCUGCAGAUGCAGACAGCCUGAGUGCCAAACACUCUCACUCACACCACUCUCUGCUCCGAGACAUGCCGGACCACUCCAAUAGCCACAGUGAUAACACGGUCAAAGAGGUUCGAUCUCAGAUCUCAACCAUCACCAUGGCUGCAUUCAAUACUACAGUAGCAUCAUUCAAUGUGGGUUACGCUGACUUCUUCACCGAGCACAUGAAGAAACUCUGUAACCCUGUUGUUGUACCUGAGAUCCCUGUGGAGCCGCUGGCCUGCGCCAACCUGCCACGCAGCCUCACUGACUCGUGCAUCAACUACUCCUGUCUGGACGAGGGAGAGAACAUUGAGGGGACCAAUAACUUUGUGCUGAAAAACGGCAUGCUAGAUCUCACUGCUGUAUUGCGGGCUCUUUAUGCAGUCCUCAGCCAUGACAUCAGUUCUAGGAUCUGCGACGUGGCCCUCAACAUCAUUGACUGCCUGCUGCAGCUGGGCGUGGUGCCGGGUAUGGGCAAGAAACUCUCAAAGGCCGAUAAUAAGGAGAACCAGGAGUCACGAAGCAAAGACCCAGGAGGGCCAAUUGCAGGGGCAGGUGGAGGCGGAGAUGAGGGUGGAGGUGGAGGAGGAGAAAGUGGUGGAGGAAGUGGGCAGGGGAGCAAGGAUGAUGUGAAGAAUAACAAGGAUAAUGACAAAAAGGAAGAAGGUUCUGGUUGUAGUACCCACCGCCUGGCUUUGACCAUGCUGAUAAAGAUUGUCAAGUCUCUGGGCUGCGCCUAUGGAUGUGGCGAGGGGCACCGAGGUCUUUCAGGAGAUCGACUCAGGAUGCAGGCUCAGAACUGCUUGACCAAUCUGUACAAGCUGGACAAGGUGCAGUUUCGCCAAACAAUGCGUGACUAUGUCAACAAAGACUCCCUCAAUAACAUUGUGGACUUCCUGCAUGCACUGCUGGGCUUCUGCAUGGAGCCCAUUACUGACAACAAGGCGGGCUUUGGGAACAACUUCACCACAGGGGACAACAAGUCUUUGGCCCAGAAUAUGGAGGCGGUGGUAGUGGGCUGCAUGUUCAAGUCCCUCAUCACCCGCUGUGCCUCCACCACACAUGAGCUGCACAGCCCUGAAAACCUGGGUCUGUACUGCGACAUCCGCCAGCUGGUCCAGUUCAUAAAGGAAGCCCAUGGAAACGUGUUCCGCAGGGUGGCACUGAGCGCGCUCCUGGACAGCGCUGAGAAGGUCACCGCCACCAAGAAGCCUGAGGAGAAGGAGGAGAACAAACAGGCUGGACCCAGGAGGUCAGAGGCGGGUGUGUCCGGGGAGAAGGGUCAUGUGUCCAGUGCUGCUGAUGAGUGUCGUAGCUACAUCUCCAGCAGACCCCCCCAGACCCCCGAACAUGAGGAACAGAUUCCGGGUGCUCUGCUGGGCAGGAAGGAUUUUUGGAGGAAGAUGUUUAAGUCCCAGAGUGCAGCCAGUGACACCAGCAGUCAGUCGGAACAGGACACCUCUGAGUGUACCACCGCGCACUCUGGCACCACCACCGACCGACGCUCACGAUCCAGAUCUCGACGCAUUUCGCUUCGCAAGAAACUGAAACUGCCAAUCGGAAACUGGCUGAAGCGCUCCUCUUUGUCUGGACUAACUGAUGGCGUUGAGGACCUGCUGGACAUCAGCUCGGUGGAUCGACUCUCCUUCAUACGUCAGAGCUCAAAGGUGAAGUUCACCAGCGCUGUGAAGCUGUCUGAAGGGGGCGCUGCAGGGCCGGAGUACGGCAGGGACGAGGAGGAGAAUUUCUUCAAGCGGCUCGGACCUCAUGGUUUUCAGGAGCGUCUUGCAGCCAGUCAAGAGGCCAUGAAGAAUAAAAACGUUGUGAAUUUGGGUGCCAUCCGACAGGGAAUGAAACGCUUCCAGUUUCUCCUCAACUGCUGCGAGCCAGGGACCAUACCCGACGCCUCCAUCCUUGCUGCUGCUUUAGACUUAGAAGCUCCAGUUGUGGCCCGGGCCUCCCUCUUCCUUGAAUGUGCCAGAUUUGUCCACCGCUGUAAUCGUGGCAACUGGCCAGAAUGGAUGAAGGGUCACCAUGUAAAUAUCACCAAGAAAGGCCUGUCCAGGGGCCGAUCACCUGUAGUGGGCAACAAAAGAAACCAGAAGCUGCAGUGGAACGCAGCCAAGCAUUUCUGCCAGUGGGGAGACGCAAUAGGAACAAGGCUCAGUGAACUCUGCCAUUCGGAUAGUGAGAGUCCCGCCAACAUCCUGGGGUUCAUUUAUGAUGAAGAGACGAAGAGGAGAAUGAGGAAAGAAGAUGAGGAAGAGGAUUAUUUAGAUGACAAUACGGUCAAUCCUACCAAAUGUGGCUGCCCCUUUGCUCUGAAAAUGGCUGCCUGCCAGCUGUUGUUGGAAAUCACCACUUUCCUCCGAGAGACCUUUCCCUGCCUACCUCGACCUCGCACUGAGCCGCUGGUGGACCUGGACAGCUGCCGUCUGCGUCUGGACCCGGAGCUGGGCCGCCAUCGCUACGAGAGGAAGAUCAGCUUUGCAGGCAUCCUCGAUGACGAAGAUGGCCACGACUCACUCAACAGCAGCAGCCACACUCUGAAGUCUGACACCACCUGUGAUGAUAAGAAGAUUCAGGAAGCUCAGGCACCUGUGAGGAAGAUCCGUAUAGGAGGCUCCCGGCUGCUUCAGAUCAAAGGGGCCCGCAGCUUCCGUGUAAAGAAGGGUGGCUCCCUGUCCUCAAUCCGCCGGGCGGGGAGCCUGAAGAGCACCAAGUUGUCUCGGCAGGACUCUGAGUCUGAGAAUGAAGAAGGGCUGCUGUCACAAACACAAAGCAGGGACACUGUCACUGACAUUGGUAGCCCCUUCAGUACCAGCGAACCAAGCAUCGAACCUGAGGGCCAGAGCACAGGAGGAGCUGAGGAUAACUACCACCGUAACAUGUCCUGGCUGCAUAUUAUGAUCCUGUUGUGCAACCAGCAGAGCUUCAUCUGUACACACAUAGACUUCUGCCAUCCACGCUGCUACCAGCAUCACGGCCGCUCCUGCGCCCGACUGGUCCGUGCUGUCAAGCUUGUCUACGGUGAGACAGUAGACAGCCUGAGAGAGGACAGCGCCUCUGGUAACAUCGGAGCACGUGCAAAGAGAAACAAAGAGUGUUCAGACAAGUCCUGCCUGAGGACUCCGUCCAUGAAGAGAAGACCCACUGACUCCAACACAGAAGGGAAGAAGGACACAGGAAUGCUAAAGUAUAUCCGUAACCAGGUAAUGAGCUUGUCCCCAGCUCCUCUUUCUCUGCUGAUCAAGGCUGCUCCCAUCCUCACUGAUGACAUGUAUGGAGACAUCCAACCUGCAGCCUGGGAGCUUCUGCUUAGUGUGGAUGAACAUAUGGCAGCUGCAGCUGCUGCCAUGUUCCUUCUAUGUGCGGUAAAGGUCCCUGACGCGGUGACCGAGAUGAUGAUGGCGGAGUUCCAGCACCAGGAGGCCUGCCAGCGUAUCAACUCCAUCCUGAAGUUUUACACCCUGUGGCGUUUCCGCUACCAGGUUUGGCCUCGCAUGGAGGAAGGAGCCCAGCAGAUCUUUAAGAUCCCUCCACCCAGCAUCAACUUCACUCUGCCAUCUCCAAUACUGGGCAUGCCUUGUGUCCCAAUAUUCGACCCUCCCUGGGUGCCCCAGAACACAGGCAGCGUUCAGGAUCCAAUCAGUGAAGAUCAGUCUAAAUCUUUCUCCGCUCGGGCGGUGUCGCGUUCCCACCAGCGAGCCGAGCACAUCCUGAAGAACCUGCAGCAGGAGGAGGAGAAGCGGCGCCUGGGCCGUGAGGCCAGCAUCAUUACAGCCAUCCCCGUAGCUCAGGAGGCCUGCUAUGAGCCCACGUGCAGCCCACCGCCUGAGCAGGAGGAAGAAGCAGAAGAAGUGGUGAACCUGGCGUCACGCCGUCUGUCUGUCAGCCCAUCCUGCGCCUCCAGUAACUCCCACAGGAACUACUCUUUCCGCCGCGGAUCUGUGUGGUCUGUUCGCUCAUUGGCCAGUGCAGAAGAUGACGAGAACACAACAGAACACACUCCUACUCUCCACAUGCUACAGCCGCCUCAAGCAGUCUUCCCAGCAUGCAUCUGUGCUGCUGUCCUACCUAUAGUGCACCUCAUGGAAGACGGGGAUGUUCGAGAGGAUGGCGUAGCUGUAAGUGCUGUCGCCCAGCAAAUCCUCUGGAACUGCUUAAUUGAAGAUCCAGCCCUUGUUCUCCGCCACUUCCUAGAAAAACUGACAGUGAGCAACAGACAGGAUGAACUUAUCUACAUGCUGAGGAAGCUGCUGCUCAACAUCGGAGAUCUGCCGGCCCAGACGUCUCAUAUCCUCUUUAACUACCUGGUGGGGCUGAUCAUGUACUUUGUGCGCACUCCAUGUGAGUGGGGUAUGGACGCCAUCUCAGCCACGCUCACCUUCCUGUGGGAGGUGGUUGGCUAUGUAGAGGGACUCUUCUUCAAGGACCUGAAGCAGACCAUGAAGAAGGAGCAGUGUGAGGUCAAACUGCUGGUCACUGCUUCCAUGCCAGGAACAAAAACACUGGUGGUACAUGGUCAGAACGAGUGUGACAUCCCCACACAGCUACCAGUUCAUGAAGAUACUCAGUUUGAAGCUCUGCUGAAGGAAUGCCUUGAAUUCUUCAACAUUCCUGAGGCCAGGUCGGCACAUUACUUCCUAAUGGACAAAAGAUGGAACCUCAUCCAUUAUUCUAAGACUUAUGUAAGAGAUAUCUACCCCUUCAGGAGGUCAGUCUCCCCGCAGCUCAACCUGGUCCACAUGCUGCCUGAGAAAGGACAAGAGCUCAUCCAGAAACAGGUGUUCUCCCGCAAGCUAGAGGAGGUUGGUCGGGUCCUCUUCCUCAUCUCCCUCACGCAACGCAUGCCAGCUGUGCACAAGCAGUCCCACGUCUCCCUGCUACAGGAAGACCUGCUCCGUCUGCCCUCCUUCCCACGAACCGCCAUUGACGCAGAGUUCUCCCUGUUUAACGAGCCGCAAGGCAAGGAGCUGUUUGGUUUGGACACCCUCCACAAGGUGCUGUGGAUCAAGCUGCUGGAGGAAAUGUUUCUGGGCAUGCCCAGUGAGUACCCAUGGGGUGACGAGAUGAUGCUAUUCCUCAACGUCUUUAACGGAGCUCUGCUGCUACACCCAGAGGACAGCGCCCUACUCAAGCAGUACACUGCCACCGCCAUCAACACUGCUGUUCACUUUAACCACCUUUUCUCCUUGAGUGGUUACCAGUGGAUUCUGCCCACCAUGCUCCAGGUCUAUGCCGACUAUGAGAGCAACCCUUUACUGAGACAGGGCAUCGAGUUCUGCUGCCGACAGUUCUACAUCCUCCACCGAAAACCCUUCAUCCUGCAGCUGUUUGCCAGUGUGGCGCCACUGCUAGAGUUCACUACCAGCACCAGCACUGGUUUGUCUAAAGGAGUGUCAGCUCAGUGUCUUUUUGACCUGCUGGUCUCUCUGGAGGGUGAAACGCAGGAUGCUCUGGAUGCUCUGGAGCUGGUCAAGGCUGAGAAACCCCUUCGCUCUCUGGAUUUUUGUUAUGGCAAUGAAGACUUGGCCUUUUCUAUCAGUGAGGCCAUAAAGUUAGGUGUCACUGUGGUUGCCUAUGCCCCUGAAUCCUUUAGGAGUCUCCAAAUGCUGAUGGUGUUGGAAGCCUUGGUUCCCUGCCACUUACAGAAGCUCAAGAGUAACACCGUUACAAUGGAGUCUGCUUCAGCUGCCAGAGAUGAGAUCGCCGCCAUUGCUGCCCUCGCCACAUCUCUGCAGGCUCUCCUCUACAGCUCUGAGGCCCUCACAAGGCCCAUGACAGCCCCCCAGAUGUCCCGCUGUGAUCAAGGCCAUAAGGGUGGCACUACAGCCAAUCACGCCAUGUCAGGAGGAGUCAACACCAGAGACAACCUCCACCUGCUGGAGGAAGGUCAAGGCAUGCCAAGGGAGGAGCUGGACGAACGCAUUGCCAGGGAGGAAUUCCGCCGGCCACGGGAAUCCCUGUUAAACAUCUGCACAGAGUUUUACAAACACUGCGGUCCAAGACUCAAAAUCCUGCAGAAUGUUGCUGGCGAGCCACGGGUCACAGCUCUGGAGCUGCUGGAUGUUAAAUCUCACAUGAGGCUGGCGGAAAUAGCUCACGCUCUGCUCAAGUUGGCACCCUACGACACCCUGACCAUGGAGAGCCGCGGCUUGCGGCGCUACAUCAUGGAGAUGUUGCCUAUCACGGAUUGGUCGUCGGAGGCUGUCCGGCCCGCCCUCAUCCUCAUCCUCAAGAGGCUAGACCGCAUGUUCAACAAAAUCCACAAGAUGCCUACGCUCAGGAGACAGGUCGAGUGGGAGGCAGCCAGUAACCUGAUCGAGGGAAUCUGCUUGACCCUCCAGCGUCAGCCGAUCAUUUCAUUUCUGCCACAUCUUCGCUCACUCAUCAACGUUUGCGUAAAUCUGGUGAUGGGUGUUGUCGGUCCCUCCAGCGUGGCAGAUGGGCUGCCCCUUCUCCACCUCAGCCCCUACCUCUCUCCUCCACUUCCAUUCAGCACAGCAGUGGUUCGGCUGGUAGCCCUGCAGAUCCAGGCCUUGAAGGAUGAUUUUCCUCUCAGCCACGUGAUCUCACCAUUCACCAAUCAGGAAAGGCGAGAGGGGAUGCUGCUCAACCUUCUUAUUCCUUUUGUUCUGACAGUGGGGUCGGGAAGUAAAGACAGCCCCCAUCUCGAGCAACCAGAAAUCUUCCUCCUCCUGCAGACUGUCAUUAAUAUCCUGCUCCCUCCUCGGAUCAUCUCCACCUCCCGCACCAAGAACUUCAUGCUGGACGCCUCUCCGGCUCAUUGCUCCACACCUGGUGACGCAGGGAAGGAUAUACGAAGAGAGGGAUUAGCAGAGUCCACCAGCCAAGCAGCUUAUUUAGCUCUUAAGGUGGUGUUGGUUUGCUUUGAGCGCUCUCUGGGAAACCAGUGGUACCGGCUGAGCCUGCAGGUGAAGGAGAUGGCUCUGAGGAAAGUGGGUGGCUUGGCCUUCUGGGAUUUUAUUGACUUCAUUGUCCGAACUCGUAUCCCUAUUUUUGUUCUGCUGAGACCCUUCAUACAGUGCAAGCUGCUGACCCAGCCAGCCGACUCCCAGGAGGAAAUUACCGCACGCCACCACAUCGCUGAUCAGCUGGAGCGACGUUUCAUCCCAAGACCUCUCUGCAAGAGCUCCCUGUUUGCAGAGUUCAACAAUGAACUCAAGAUCCUGAAAGAGGCUGUGCACAGCGGCUCCGCAUACCAGGGGAAGACUUCUAUCAGCACAGUGGGCACCUCCACAUCAGCCUAUCGCCUCAGUUUGGCCACAAUGUCACGCUCCAACACAGGCACCGGCACAGUUUGGGAGCAGGACAGCCAACCAUCUCGCCAGCCCUCGCAGGACACACUCAGCCGCACCGAUGAGGAUGAUGAAGAGAACGACUCCAUGAGCAUCCCCAGCAUUGUGAGCGAGCAUGAGGCCUUCCUGCCCAGAGUGAUGUCACAACGGCGUUUUUCCAGCCACGCCACCGGCUCAGCCGCCUCACAGCCCGAGGUCCCCCGCACCACCAUGCUGCCCAGCCAGAGUGAACCCAAUGUGCUAGAUGAGUUCCAGGGCCUUCUGCAGGAGGGUAACCUCUCUAGGGUUGCCAGCGUCCAGAGUGAACCGGGCCAGCAGAACCUCCUGAUCCAGCCUCCUUUAGGAAGAAAGCGAGGACUCAGACAGUUGCGUCGUCCCCUGCUGUCCAUUCCGAAGAAUGAACCACGCGGUCGUUCUGGAGCGAGACUCUCUACAACACGCAGGAACAUCCAACCCAAGAACAAACCACUGGCGCAUGGAGAUCAAAAGAGGUCAGUCACCUUUACAGAGAAUCAAGGCCAGCAGGCGCCGGCGGGGGCCAGCAAGCCUCCCACUCCCAGCACCGUUGAUCCUCCAGCUGAGAGCAGGAGGUCUAGUCCUGCUCCUUCUAAGUCCCCCACACUGGAAGUGCCCCCCGCCAGCUCAGCCACAGUCACCGCUGACCUGCAUGGCCCUGCAAACACACAGGUAGGACCAGCAGAGGCGGGGAUCAGCUUUCCAAAAAGUGAUUUAUUGUUUUUAUGUUUCCGUGGCAGAAAUGAACAUCACCGGGUGUUAAAUGAAGAUGUCAUUUGUGUGAACUGGUGCGUUUCAUUUCCUCACAAGCUGAAUGUUGAGGAGCAAAGUGUGUUUUCCAUUCAGGUCGCCCCAGUCAUCAGCAGCAAGGAGAAAAGAGAGCAGUGGGGGCUCCGCAGCAGCCUCUCUCCUCCGCCUUCCAUCUCCCGCCCCUCCACUCCGACGCCCCCAUCCAGAACCUGCUCCCCGCUGCCCCUUUCCCAUACCUGCUCCCCUCUCCCUCUGUCUCGCACCUCCUCCCCUCUCCCUCCUCCUCUCCCUGUCCUGAGCACAGCUCCCACCCCAGGCCCCCCACCUCCACCGCCGCUGCCACCAGCCUCUUUUCUUCCCCCGCCUCCAUCAGGGCCGCCCAUGAUCAGAGAGAGCCCCGGGGACGAGGACACCACGGCGUUGAUUCCACGCAGCGACACCUUGCUGCAGCUAAGCGAGGACAACGGCAUGGAGAACCCGCUCCUCACCCCGCUGCUGUCACCCCGUCGCUCGCCACGUCGCUCCCCUCUACCCCUCUCCCCCGUAGACUUGGACCUGGAUGAGUCCCAUGUGUGAGAGAGGCGAUGGAUGGAAUGUAUUUUCUCCAUCUGAAGCUAAACCAGUUUAACCUAAAAAUCAAAGUUCAGAUUUGAUCCAGUGACAAUCUUAAGAGUUCCAGUUUAAAAGAACUGGAAUUUAAAAGCAGGAGAAGAAAAUCCAGUUGUCUGUCUCUGUUUUAUUCUGAUCUUCACCCUAACAAAACCCCUUCCUCUCUUAUUCCCUCUACUAAUAUGUCUUUCUAUUGUUGUGUCUUGUAUUCUCUGGGUUGUAUGUAUAUUAUAUUAGCAAUCUACCUUAUUCCUCAUCACCACUUUAGAAUAUUAUUACUGGAUGUUUUAAACCUUCAGACUGUCAACCUAAGGUCAGAGAUUUAUUUUUCAUUAUAUUUUCAACCAUGCAUAUUAGUAAAGAGAGCAAAUAUUAAAGAUCAUACAUUAUUUAACUAUUAAUACAUCUUAUUUUAAAAUAAAAGAAAAUUAUAUUAUGAAAUGAGAUGCUAUAUGUACAGUGGUGUAAACGUAUUGAAAGCCAUUCUAAAGCAGAAAUAUAACUAAACUGAACACCUUUAUGAAGAGGAUAAUAAAGUUCUAUGUAUUUUGCACAUUAUGUAUUGUCACGUAGAGUAGAAAACAAAAUGUGGAUAUUUUGUGUGUCCAUUCAGCAAAAAUCUUUACAAAACAAGUUUAUCCCACUUCAUUUGGAUUAUGGAAAAUGCCGUGCAGCUAAAACUUUUUGCAGUUGAUGGAAGAACAAUGUUAAAUCGGCCGAGUGCCCCUUUAAAUCUAAGAUAACGUGAAUGUGAACACAAAGCGACUGUAAACGGAUUUAAAUAUUGUUGUAUGUCUUCAGCUGUCAUGUCUGAUAUCGAGUCUGAUUCUAGUGUUUUUGUUUUUUUUUUUCUAGUGAAAGGUCUUCAUCAGGUUUUAAAAGGAGGCAAAUGCAAGAAAACAUGACAGAUUCCUUUCUGAACAAAAACUGAGCAAAAAUUGUGGAAGCAGUGUGGAAAAACUAAGUGAACCCCUUGGUAAAAGUUUUCUUUACAUUAUCGGUUUCUGUUGUGAAGGAGGUUUGAUCCAGUCUUUUCAUUCAUUCAUCUACAGGUUAUAUAUUUUGGUUUUCUUCCAACACACUGCUGUGCUUUACGACUAAACAUGUCCACAUGUGAAUAGCUUUAUAGGCCUUGCCAAAUUGAUGGGCUGCCUCUCUAAGAUCCUUGCU